GUUGUCUUUUCUAUUUUUAUUUUAAAUAAUUUUGUAUCCUAUUUUAAUUUUUUUAUUAAUACAAUGUUUAUUCAUUUUUAAUUGCUUUUACUGUAUUGACUUUCAAUAAAUAUGGCAGAAGAAUCUGAAGUUCCUGGUGUUAAAAAGAUGAAACUACUGCGAUGUAUGGACUGGCUCCAGAAGCAAAACAGUUUGGACAUGAAGAAACUUUCUCAACAAAAUAAGAACGAUAUUCAGUUUAUUAUCCAGACCAAUGCAGAUAGAAAAAACUUUCUGCUGUCUGUAGCUGAGGACGAAGCGACGGUUCCUGAUGGUGUUUACGAGCCUGCAAUCGAACCAAAGGCUGUGCCUCUUCACCGUCUACGCACUGAAAGCUUACGUCUGGAUUGUGAAUGGCAAGCGUGCUUGUGGCAUUUCACAGACUACGAGGAGUUCCAGAAACACAUCCGGAACCACAUCUCCAACUUGCAUGUUUUAAAAAACGACGACAGUGUGGAGUAUGUCUGCCUAUGGGAUGUCUGCGGGCACAAAACGCCGGAUUUCAACGAAAUGGUCCGUCACAUCAACUACCACGCAUACCACGCGCGUCUCCUGGCUAUCGGUCUCAAUGGGCGUGCCACAUUGAACUUGGCACGGUGUAAAAAAGAUUCGAGCAAAAGGAAUCAGUUACCUCCAUUGUUAAGCGAACAUGUUUGUAUGUGGGUUGGGUGCGAAGAAAGAUUUAACUGCAUCCAGACCUUGUUCGAUCACGUCAAACUCCACAUAAAGUAUUCCGAGCGGACCCUAUGCUCGUGGGCGGGCUGCGGACUCACGUUCGCUCGACGCAGCCUGCUCUCUAUGCACUUGCGAUCGCACACCGGGGAGCGACUUAUCGCGUGCUACCAUUGCGGUCAGCACUUCGCGUGUAAUAGGAAACUGGCUGAUCAUUUGAGGAGACAGAACGUAUACCCGCACUCCAGCUACCCGUGUUCAGUGUGCGGCGUGUCGUGCGCGACCGAGUACUUGCUUCGGGAGCACGCGCGACAGCACGUGUCCGCGUACGCGUGCGCUCUCUGCGACAUGUCCGCGCCCACGCCCGCCGCGCUCGCGCAACACGUGCGGUACCGCCAUCUACCGGCGCAGCAUGCACGGACCCACGCUUGCCCGCACUGCCCGUACAGAGCCGUAAACAGUUCAGACCUUCGCAAGCAUAUACCAACACAUACGCGUAAAAAGAAGCGAAUCAAGAACGAACAAUUAGAAGAUGAUAUAUCUGACGAAGACAAUUCCGAGGACGAAGUUAAGACUCCUAAGCCACAGAAGAAGUAUGCAUGUCACAUGUGCCCUGAGAAGCACACAAAGGUGUUCUCACGAGGCUCGCGGCUCACGACGCAUCUGGUUAAUGUGCACGGCGCACAGUGGCCCUUCGGACAUAGCAGGUUUAGAUAUCAAAUAAGCGAAGACGGCAUGUACCGGCUGACUACGACCCGGUACGAAGUUCUGGAAGUCUCCAAGAAGAUUGUGGACGGGUACAGCGGACCCAAGGAGUCUCUGAACACGACAUUCGAGUUCAACGUGCGACAAGUCGCGGAGGCCACCGAGACUGCGCCUAGAAGGUUCGAGAUCACACUAAAAGGUGACAAUGAAGAAAAGGCGUCAUUGCCAAUGAAGACUGAAAAGCUCGAGCCGCCUGAAGGCUCGGUGGAGAUCACCAUCGAUGACGUCGACGAGCACGGAAACGUCAUCAGCUCAGAAGUCAUUUACACGUAACAAGUGGAGGAAUGUAGGUAAAAUUACAAGAAACAUAUUUUUAAAUAGUUAACCUAAGGCCCGGUCUGUGAGCACGUAACAUUUUGUCCAAUGACCCCAAGCUACCCAUCCCUAUCGCUCGCGCGUAAUUAUAUUGCUGUCGCGACUGUGC